GGAGUUGGUGCACCAGAAUUUCCUCCCAAGGAUCAAGCACCUAGUUCCCUAUUUUUCUCCUCCUCUUUAACCUCUACAAGAGAGAGACAAAUCAUCUUUUUACUCAAAGAUUUUCCUCAACCCUUUUUGCACCAUAAUCUCCAAUUUUCAAAUCUGUCCAAUAAUUUUCUCUCAUUUUUCUUUCUUGUUAUAGUUCAUAUAUUUUUUCUUAUUACUAAAUCUUUUGAAACUUCUGUUUCUUCUUCCUCCGUUUAAGCGCGGAAUGGAUGUUUGCGUGAAGGAGGAAGUCUCGGAGACUCCAACUGUAACUCAGAGGAAACCGCGAACCGGUGCUGUUUCAGUGCCUCCUCCGGACUCGGUCAUCGAACUCAGCAGUAGCGAUAGCGAUUCCGAAAGCGACAUUGAUUUGGACGAUGUAGUCGCCAGUGCACUGCAGGACGGAGGAAGUCCUUCUAAGAAGCCAAAGACUGACUCCGGAGCGGUUUUGCCGGUUGGAUUCCUCAGCCCUCUCCCUCCGGCACCAGCCUCUCCACCGGCAUCUCUACUGGCAUUGCCGGCGCCGGAGUGGGCUUCUAUUUCGGCGUCGCUGUCCAAGGACUAUUCGGGACCGGGAGUGAAUAGCUGCAAGCAGUUCUGGAAGGCUGGGGAUUACGAUGGAGCUGUCUGCGGUGGUUCUGGAUCUUCAACAGUUGGUAUGGAUCAUGUCAGAGUUCACCCCAAGUUUUUACACUCUAAUGCCACAAGCCACAAGUGGGCUCUUGGAGCUUUUGCUGAGCUUUUGGACAAUUCAUUGGAUGAGGUUUGUAAUGGGGCGACAUAUGUUAAUGUAGAUAUGCUUAUAAAUAAGAAAGAUGGCUCCAGGAUGUUGCUGAUCGAAGAUAAUGGUGGUGGGAUGGACCCUGAUAAAAUGCGUCAAUGUAUGUCACUGGGGUAUUCUGUGAAAAGCAAAAUAGCGAACACAAUUGGACAAUAUGGAAAUGGCUUUAAAACAAGUACCAUGAGGCUAGGGGCUGAUGUAAUUGUUUUCUCCCGUUUUCCAGGGAAAGAUGGGACAAGCUCUACUCAAAGCAUAGGUUUGCUGUCUUACACAUUUUUGAGGAGUACGGGAAAGGAAGACAUUGUAGUACCCAUGUUGGACUAUGAAAGAAGAGGACGGCAAUGGAAUAAGAUAAUACGAACUACUCUGGAUGAUUGGAAUAAAAAUGUUGAAACAAUGGUACAGUGGUCACCAUUUUCUGAUGAGGCUGAUCUUCUUCGUCAGUUCAACUUGGUGAAAGAUCAUGGUACACGAGUAAUUAUAUACAAUCUUUGGGAAGAUGACCAAGGUCAACUGGAACUUGAUUUCGAUGCUGAUCCACAUGAUAUCCAAAUUAGAGGUGUUAAUCGAGAUGAGAAAAACAUACAGAUGGCUAAAGAGUUUCCCAAUUCUCGACAUUUUUUGACCUAUCGGCAUUCACUAAGGAGUUAUGCUUCAAUUUUAUAUCUGAGGCUUCCUUCUGGCUUCCGAAUUAUUCUUCGCGGGGAAGAUAUUUUGCAUCACAACAUAGUGAAUGAUAUGAUGAUGUCUCAGGAGGUGACCUACAAGCCUCAAGCUGGAGUUGAUGGGCUUCUUCCAAAGGACUCAUAUAUGGUUGCUGUUGUUACUAUUGGAUUUGUCAAGGAUGCAGUUCACCAUGUUGAUGUCUCGGGUUUUAAUGUCUAUCAUAAGAAUCGUCUCAUUAAGCCUUUCUGGAGGAUCUGGAAUCCAGCUGGAAGUGGAGGACGUGGGGUCAUUGGUGUCCUGGAAGCCAAUUUUGUGGAACCCGCUCAUGAUAAACAAGGCUUUGAGCGCACAUUAGUUUUAUCAAGACUGGAGUCUAAAUUGAUACAAAUGCAGAAAAAAUACUGGGGCACUAACUGCCACAAAAUUGGUUAUGCUUCCAAUCGAAAUAAAAUACAAAUAAGAGAUUCUGGUGAUAAAGACACAACUCCUGAAUAUGUUCCAGAACCAUCACAAUCAAAAAGGAAAUAUUCUACCAUGGAUGGCAAGGUAACGCCAUCGACAUCAGACAAAUUGCAUUCACAACCAAAUCAGAAACGGAUGCAAAAAGAAACAGAAAGAGAGAGUGCAUUUAAUAAUAAACGGAUGCAAAAACAAACAGAAAAAGAUAGUGCAUUUAUUAAUGGCCGAUCUCCUGUUUCUCCUCCUAAACAUAUAAUACAAAGUUCAUCCGAGGAAUCAUCCUCUGAUGAUGAUCUCAGUGAGGAUCUCUUGCCUAAAAGAACAAAGAAGACAUCUGCCGCUGAGAAGUCAUUUGAAAAUGAGAAUGGAGGCACUACAUCAAAUAGAAAAGCCUCACAGUACACACGGGCAUCCGCAUCCAAGAUAAAGGGAAAAGAUGUAAAUAAUGGCGAGCAACCACUAUCUGACAAUGGUUUACUGACACUUGAGCAAUUGAAAAAAGAGAACCGUGAGUUGAAGGAAAGAUUACAGAGGAAGGAAGAGGAAAUUUUAGAAGUGUCUCAAGCUUUGCUGCAUGACCAAGACAAGUGUAAAUCUCUCGAAACUCAGCUAAACGAGUCAGAAAAAAAGAUUGAAGAGUUGAACCGUGAUCAAGAAACUCUCAUUGAUGUAUUCUCUGAAGAGAGGGAUAGACGUGAUGCUGAAGAGAAAAAUCUAAGAAAGAAGCUUCAGGAGGCAUCAAAUACUAUCCAAGAGCUGCUUGACAAGAUACGGGUACUUGAAAAGAAGUCUACAAGUGGUAAACUAGAACGAUAAUGAUGGCCUUGUUAUUGCAUUUUGUUUUGAGUGUUGUAUCUACUUGCCACUGGGAAGCCAAUGGUUUUUUGUGAUGCUUGCUUUUAUCAUUUAUAGGAAUCUUCUAACUUAGGGUGUAGGGUGAUACUGUAAAUUGAUUGUAUAGUUUCACGUCUAACACUUUCUGUCCAGUAUGGAUGAAUUAAUUGGAGACUAACUUGACGAUGUUCUUUACCAUGGCAUUUGAAGCAAUUUUGUGUAUCUAUUUAAGUUUCUUUUUAG